AUGAAUAGGGUACGAGAGUUGAUAGGAGGUCAACAUAGUAGCAGAAAUGAAAGGACUCGCUCACAAAGGCAAGAUGUACCACAACCAGGGAUGAGCACAAGAGAAGGCGAAGAUCAAGAGACACUAUUCGAGAACGAUACUGAUGACGGCGAUGGAUUAGAUGAUACAGAGACUUUGAAUACUGUUGCAUCAGGUGGUGACACUAUUGGCGAUUUCCAGAGACAAGGAUUUGUUAACAGAUGCCCUCGAUUUACACAUCAUAGAAUGAUACCUUUCAUACUGGUACUGCUAACUAAGGGAUUCUUCUGUUUCCCUAGUGAAAAAUCUUUCAAAAAGUAUAUUGAGAAUAAGAGGAAAUUCGAUAAGUUGGAUGGUAUUGAAGGGUUAGGUAUACCCUUAUUCCAUGCGGUACCACUUGGUGUCGUCAAGACAAUCUUCAGUCCCAAAUCGCCCAUAAUGAAAAUUUACAAGUAUGUUAUCAUUGAUUCCGAAAGGGACAAACCACCACCCGAUGCUGAACAAAUUUCAGUAGAUGGAUCGUUAACACUUUACAAGUAUUUGUUCUGCAGCAUCCUCGAAGAAAUCAAUAACGAUGCAGGUAGGGUGGAACACAAAUUUAAUUUUACCCGUCUAGAUAACGAUGGACCUUUACCACAAGUGCUUACUAUGGCUAAUAUGAUUCAUUUGAGAAACACUGACACUACAUUAAAUGGUUUAAACCUCCGAUGGUAUGGUACUUCAGGGUUUGCGUCACCUUUUGGUACCGGUAAUAUCAAGCUGUUAGUCCUAGAUGAUAAUAUGGCAUCAUUCAUGGAUCAAAAGACUGUUGAGGAAUACGAACAUCACUAUAGAAAUAAUAGAACUCGACCAUUAGGCAGAUUACCCAUCUGGGCCAAAUAUUCAAAUGAAGGUUCCACUGUAAUACCGAAGAAACGUACUUUAAGGAUGGCUAAGUUACAAAUGGGUGAAUACCAAUCGAUUGCUCAUUCUGAUGGUAUUUUUAACGUUCCAUGGGAAACUCAGGCUUUGACCUGCAUGUGCAUGGUAUUGCACGAAUACGAGUCAAGAAAAGAUCGUAGACGUACUGGAGGUCUUACACUGGGCCCGGAUAUGAUCUUCAUGUAA